AUGUCACAUCCAAGUAAAUCACAACAACGUUUUCCAUUUCGAGCUUUAGUUCAUGUUCAAAGAAAUUAUCGUAAAUUACCACCUAUUACACAAACAAUUCGUCCAAUAGAAGAAAAUGGAUCAUUGCAAUCACCAUUAAGUAUUAUUAAUGUUGAUAUUAAAUGUGAAACACCACAAUUAAAUGAAAAUAAUUUUUGGGAUAAACUUCAUGAACAUAUUGCAAGUCAAACUUUGGAAUAUAAUAAUGAUCAUGGAAAUCAAAAAACACCAAAUAAAAUUGUACGAAUAUUUGUUUCAUCUACAUUUACAGAUUUUUUCAAUGAACGAGAAGUACUUAUAAAAAAAGUAUUUCCUGCAUUACGUGAUGAAAUGGAACCAGCAGGUAUUCAAAUAAUUGAUUGUGAUCUUCGUUGGGGUGUUCCAAAAGAUUCAACGACCGAACAAACAAUAUUAACAUGUCUUGAAGAACUUGAUCGAUGUUUUGAAGAUAAUGGUCAACCGUUCUUUAUUGGUCUUGUUAGUGACAAAUAUGGUUGGGUUCCAAAACUUAAUGAAUUACCAAAGAAUAUAAUUGAACGAUAUCGUUGGAUUGAUGAAGCAUCAAUAACAUUAAUGGAAUUUAUCCAUGGUGCAUUUCGUACACAUAAUCCAAAUGCAUUUUUUUUAAUACGAAAAUCAGAAAAUAUUCUUAGUAAUCUUCCUGAUAAAUAUAAAGAUAAAUUUCGUGAUAAAGAUGAAUUUAAUCAAAGUCAAAUUCAAGAAUUAAAAAAUCAAUUACCAAAAAUAUUUCCACCGGAACAAAUUUUUCAUUAUGAUUGUUUUUAUAAUGGUCUUGAUUCAUCAACUGGACGUGAACGAGUUAAAAUUGAUGGUUUACAUGAAUUUGAAGAACAAGCAAGAAAAUUUUUAAUUCAAGCUAUCCAAAAAUGGUAUCCGGCUAAUUUUACCAAUACUAGUUCAUUGGAUACUGAACAAAAACAAAUGAAUACAUUUCUUCUUAAUAAAACUCAAUAUUUUGUUGAUCGACCUAACGAAUUUUCAUUUUUAUUCAAAUAUAUAACAGGCGAUCACAAAGAUUUAACAUUAAUCAGUCCAACGGACACAACAAGUGAGAAUGCUCAACCUUUCUUGGCUUUAACAGGUCGAUCAGGUGAUGGAAAAUCGAUAUUACUUGGAAAAUUUGUAUUAAAUAUCGAAGAAAAAUUUCAAAACAAAUUUUUUCUCUUCUAUUAUUUUCUUGAUGGAGCAUUUCAUGCUAAUGCUAGUCAUUUUAUGUUAACUAGUUUAAAACAAAAGUUAGAUAAAUAUCUUGAGGAAAAUAAUUUAAUAUCGCCAAAAACAGGUGAACGACUUAAGAUAACCGAUGAUACAUUUCUAUCAGAUGCUAUUGGACUUUUACCUAUUCCACUUCUUAUUAUUGUUGAUGGAUUAGAUAAAGGUGAUAUUCAUCACAAUAGAAAAUAUAAAGAAGAAUUUCCAUUUUCUAAUCUUAAUGAAUUAAUGACUGAUCAUACAUAUAUUAUAAUUAGUUGUGAAACAAAUUUAAAAUUAUAUGAAACAAUUCUUAAUCAUAUUCAUUAUAAUUUACAACUUCAACCAUUAACAAUUGAACAACUUUAA